AAAGAAGUUUUUGUUUUUUUCUUUCUAGCAGACAAAAAAUAUGAUACAGUAGUGGAUACAGUGCAAUAAACAAAAGAAGAAAUAAAGAGGAUUACUGGAAUUUUCACUUGAACUCUCUGAAUUUAUUAUUUUCUGGCAUAUUGAUAGGAACUUGACACAACUUGACAUGAGAAUAAAAUCAAUCAAAAAGCCAUCAAAGCUACUCAGCUACAAAGAGUUUAUAACAAGAUAUUUGAAGUAUUUUUACUAGAAUAAUAAUGUCGUGGUCAUCGAUAUCACUUUGUUCCUAUAGCAUAAGUCAUAGUGACGAUUUUGAUUCUUGGUCUAGUGAUAAAACAAGUAAUCCUAGAUCGGUAGAGCAGUUCAGUAGCUUCGGGGACGGUGCUUGUGGAGAGCCACUGCUGGCCCAGCACAUCCAACUGGACUUUACUCCUGACGAUGAAGUAGACAACGUAAUCGUGGAGCAGAAGAUCUCAGAUUUUUGGAAAUUUAUCUCAGAAAAUCCCAAUAUUAAGAAUUUGAAAGUCAAACCGGAGAAGAUCUCAUAUUCAAGGUCGUCCACAACCGUGGAAGCUGAAGAGGACCCGCGAGAGUCAGUAUGUAAUAGAUACGACGAAAAUGUGCUAGAUACGGAUAAAAGUGCUCUUUCCAAUCUCGAAAUGAUUGACAAAAAAGGGAUCAUAUCUCGCACGAUUGCAACUAAGAUGAAGCAUUCUUUUUGCUCUUUCGGCUCAAGAGAGUACAAGGAAAAUGAACCUCAUGCUCAAAAUAAUGGAACAAGAAGAAAAAGUCGAACAGGACAGAAGUCACUGUCAGAAGUGCAGUUACUAUGCAAUACUUUAACAGAAUGGGACGCUAAACAUCCUAAGUCGAUGGAGCCGCCAGGUCAGCCCCCUUUGCUGCACCACUGCGUGAUACAGCCCCAAGUCUUCCCAUAACCACCUUAAGUUACACAGUUUAAUCAGAAUAAUCACUAUAUUACUUAAAGUUAGUUAUUAUCACUUAUACUUAGUUUUAUUUUAAUAUUAAUUAUUUAUAGUCUUAGCUUUUACUUUAAAUUAAUCAAGUAAUUAUUAUUGUUUAUUUAUUUUAAUA